AUGUGCAAGCAAAUGACAUUGAAAUGCCAUUCCGAUGUAAAUGGUCACUUUAUACAAAAUAUUGCAAAUCUUGUGAUUGAAAAACAAUCCAAUGUUUACAAGAAUUUAUUAUUGAUGAAAUCAUUGACAAAACUGUGUAUUUCAUAUGGCAAUAAGAAUAAGAAAUUCAAAGUUGAUGAUGAAACACUUCAAUACAUUGGUGAAUUGAAACAAUUAACAAGUCUUCAUAUUCAUGGAAUUGGUAUUGAUAAUGUUUGGGACAUAGCUGAUUUGAAACAAUUAACAGAACUUGACAUCUCUGAUAAUAAGAUUAAUUCUGAAGGAGCUAGAGUUAUCAGCGAAUCAUUUAAACAUUUAACAAAGCUUGAUAUAUCCAACAAUACUAUUGAUGUAGGAACCAAAUAUAUAAGCCAAUUGAAACAAUUGACCUAUCUGGAUGUUUCUAAUAAUGAAAUUGAAGAAGAGGAUGUUAAAUAUAUUGGAAAUAUGAACGGAUUAACAAGUCUAUCUAUUCAGUACAAUCAUAUUGGUAAUAUUGGUGCUCAAUACAUUAGUGGACUGAAACAGAUAACUACUCUCUCUAUUUAUAGCGGUGAUAUUGGUGAUGAAGGAGCUAAAUAUAUCAGUGAAAUGAAACAAUUAACAAAUCUGAAUAUUGGUUUCAAUAAUAUCAAUAUAAGAGGAGCUAUACACAUUUCUAAAUUGAAACAAUUGACAGAACUUUCUAUUUCUGCGAAUAACUUUGGUUCUGGAGGACUUAAAUACAUUACUCAAUUAAAACAAUUAACAAAACUUUAUUGCUGUGACAGUGAAAUUGAUAGUGAGGGAGUUAAAUAUAUAAGUGAAAUGAAACAAUUAACAGAUGUUGACCUUAGUUAUAAUAACAUUAACAGUGAAGGAGUUAAAUAUCUUAACAAAUUGAAAAAAUUAACUAAACUUUAUAUAGGAGGCAAUGAUUUAGGUAAUAAAGGAGCUAUGUACAUAAGCAGACUGAACCAAUUAACACAUCUAGAUAUUUGUAGAAAUAAUGUUAGUGAUGAAGGAUUCAAGUCAAUUAGUAAAAUGAAACAAUUGAGCAGUCUGUUUAUUUCUGAAAAUACUAUUUCUGGUGAAGGAGUUGAAUACAUACGUAAAAUGACACAAGCAGCAAGUAUUUGUGUGGACUUUGGAGAUUAG